AAAAGAUCCAUUUCAAGCCAGCUUGAGUUUUCUUAUUCAGGUGCUGCAAGAACUGUUGGAGACCUGGGGCAGCAGCAGUGCUGUGAAACACUCUCCACCUGAGCAGCAGCAGUAUAUUAGCAAGGCCAUCCUUAUCUGCCUCUCCCACCUGAAGGAGCCUGAAAUCGAGAGCUGCAGACAAGAGCUUCUCACAAGCAUGAUGGAGGGUGUGAAAUGCCACUUGGACAGCAAUCUGCCACAAAUACGGCGCCUGGGAAUGAUUGUGGCAGAGAGCAUUAGUUCGAAAAUAAACACUGAUGGGCCUGUCCUGAAGUUUCAGUAUGAAGACGAUGAUGAAGCAAGAGAAUUGAAGUCACUUCUGGUGCAGACUCCACCUUUCUGUGUUGUCCCCAGCCUUCCAGAUGAUGAGAAUGAGAAAGCAGAUGCCGCACUGCCGUUGGUAUUGGAAAGUAACAAGAAAUCACAUACAGCGGCCCCUGUGAUACCAGAUGAGGAGUCGGAUGCUGAGCUCGACAGUGAUGAUGACCUUAUCCCUUAUGACAUGUCAGAGGAUAAAGAACUAAAGACUAAGGCUCCUGUGUAUAUCCGAGACUGUAUUGAAGUCCUGACAGGAUCUGAAGAUGUGGACAAAUGGGAAGCUACAAUCAAGGCUCUUGAGAGCUUGGUUCGAAAGAAUCCAGCAGCAACAAGAGAGGUUAGCGUGGAGCUGGCAAAAAUAUUAUUGCAUCUGGAGGAGAAGACGUGUAUUGAAGGCUUUGUGGAGCUCCGUCAGAAAGCUCAAGUAGCUGUUUUAACCACAGAUCCAAUACCUGUAGCAAAGUACUUGACCUCCCAGUUCUACUCUCUGAACUACAGUCUUCGUCAGCGCAUGGACAUUCUCGAUGUAUUGGUUUUGGCAGCUCAGGAACUAUCCUAUCCCAAAUCCCAUGGGAAGACCAAGCAUUCUGGUGCCCAAAAACCUUGUAUUCAGCUCCUUCCUGGAAGUGACAGCUCUAAGGUCUGGAAAAGAAUUGUUGAUGAGAGGAUCAAAAGCAAGACUCGGAGAUUUGCUAUGGGUCGGUCUCAAGUGGAACUGUCUUCUGGCCCAAAUGAGUUCAAUUCUGUUGCUGGGCACUUCUUUUUUCCAUUGAUUCAGCACUUUGACAGGCCUUUGACAACAUUUGAUCUCCUGGGGGAAGAUCACUUCGUCCUUGGAAGACUGGUCCACACUUUAGCAAUCCUGAUGUACUUGGCUGUCAACACUGUGGCAGUUACUGCAAUGGGAAAGGCACUGCUGGAAUUCGUCUGGGCUCUGCGUUUCCACACUGACUCGUAUGUGCGCCAGGGUCUUUUGUCCUGUAUCUCCUCCGUGCUCCUCAGUGUCCCUACGGUGCGUCUUCUGGAAGACAUGACAGAAGAGCUUUUGGAGACUCAGUCCUGGCUGGGAGAUGUGGUGGAGAAAGAUCCAGAUGGGGAGUGCAGGCGGCUGGCCUUGCAGAACUUGCUACUAAUGGAGAACCUGAAAAAGAAACUUGAAACUGUCCCUUCCUAGCUGAAGGGUGAAAGAAGUGACCUUUACCUCAUACUCUUGCCAGCUGGAUGUGUGUAGGCACUGCUGGGGCCUCUUCAGCAGUCACCUGGCUGGAGAAGAGGAAGAAGGGGGAAGGGUGCAGAGCUGUAAGCCAGCAAACCUGACUUGACAUCUGGACUUUGUAGUGGAGGCCAAUUUAGUGAGCUAUUGCUAUCCGGUACGGAGUGUACAGAUGCAGGAAGGUAGGCUAGCACUGCCAUCCUCCCCACACCUCCCCAGCCCCCACCCCCAGCUAUUUAUAACCUUGGCAGGUUUGAGUGCUCUGCUAAAAAUACAGGGAAGAUCUCAUAGCAGACUUCUUGUCAGAAAAACAGGAGGGCUGGAAAGGGCCGCUUACCUCCCAGGGCUAAGCCCAUAAUACGCCUGUAACAAAGGUUCCCAUGUCUUC